AGGGGUUCCAAGAAAUUUCUUCAAGAAAAGCUAAGGGGAUGAGAUUAGGAAACCGUGGAAACGCUAGCAUCCAGGAUGGGGGUAUAAAAGCAGUAACCGAAGUCGCAGACCAACAGUGCAGACGCUUGUUCGCUGGAGUAUUUCGAAAUUCGAAUUUGCUUCAGUCUUAAAAAGCCGCCUGCUUGAUUUCGCUUGCGAGAAAACUUUUUUGAAGUGUUGCGCCGGAGAAAUCGAAUCCAAGUUUUUGCUCUACUCGACGCUCGAAAGGAUUAUAACAAAACGUUAAGAUGUCAGGAGAACCCACCUUUGACGCUUACACCUGGGGACAGAAGGCGAACAUCAUGAUGCCCGGAAACAAUUUGAUGAUGGGAGGCGCAGGGAUGAUGAUGGCCGGCGGUUUCAGCAACGGAUCCAUCGUGGACAAGGUACCACAAGACAUGCUGUACAUGGUGGACCCGCACUGGAACCAGUUCCCACCGCUGAACCCUCUCAUGUACUCCCUGCUCGCCUUUGUCAUCACCAUCAUGGGCUUCGUCAGUAUCGUCGGCAACUUUGUCGUCAUGUACGUGUUCAUGUCCACUCGGAGCCUCAAGACCCCAUCCAACUUGCUCGUUGUCAACUUGGCCUUCUCCGACUUCAUCAUGAUGGUCUUCAUGUUCCCGUUCAUGGCCGUGUCCAACUUCUACGAAACCUGGGCUUUCGGUCCCCUGAUGUGCGAGCUGUACGCAUUCAUCGGAUCUCUCUCCGGUUGCAUGUCAAUCUGGUCCAUGGCCAUGAUUGCCAUGGAUCGGUACCGAGUUAUCUGCAAGGGAAUCUCUGCCAAGCCGAUGACGUACAAGAAUGCUCUGGGCUCGAUCCUGUUUGUCAACAUGGCUUCCUUGAUCUGGUGCCUGGCUCCAUUCUUCGGCUGGAACCGAUAUGUGCCUGAAGGAAACAUGACUGUGUGCGGAACGGACUCCAUGAGCGAGGACUGGUUGAGCCGUAGCUACGUCAUUGCUUAUGCCGCCUGGGUCUACUUCCUGCCUUUGCUCACCAUCCUCUACUGUUACUUCCAGAUCGUCAAGGCUGUUGCUGAGCAUGAAGAGCAGAUGAGGGAACAAGCACGAAAAAUGAAUGUCCAGAGCUUGCGAUCUUCUGAUUCCGCAAAGGCCAGCGCCGAGAUCCGUCUUGCCAAGAUUGCAAUGAUGACCAUCUCUCUGUGGUUCAUGGCCUGGACCCCAUACCUCAUCAUCAACGCCCGAGGCAUUUUCAACAAGGAAUCCGUAACACCUUUGUUCACUGUUUGGGGCUCGUUGUUCGCCAAGUGCGCGGCUGUCUACAAUCCAAUUGUGUACGGCAUCAGCCACCCCAAGUACAGAGCUGCCCUCUAUGAUAAAUUCCCGUGCCUGGCUUGCACCACGGAGGCCGAUGAUGAGGACGAAGUCCGCUCCACCGCCACUGUUGAAAUCGCAUCCACCAUCAAGUGUGAAGAGAAGGCUUGAAGAGCGACAUCUUGUGUGAUGUACCCUUCUUUGUGAUCAACGUCAACUGCUGAAGUUCGCAUUGACUUGCUUCUUCAGUUGAGGAAUUUAUUGGGUUUCAUUCCUUUGUGUCCCUGUUAUCAUUGGUGGUUGUGCCCCUGCUAUAGUAGGUACUCUUUUUUUUUGGGUUUGUUGUUAAAUCAUUUCGGUGCGUCGUUGUGAGAAAAAUGCUUGGAGAAAAUUAAAAACCUUGCGCAUGCAAUACA